UGCUGAUUUUCCUAAUAAAUCCACUGCAGAGAACUUCGAAAAUCUUCAUUCAAAAUUCAUAAUUCUACAAACCACAACAAUCAAUCAAUCCGUUCACUUUUUUUGAUUAGAAAUCUCUCCCAGAAAUAAUACCAGAUAUCCAAGAUCAUACUUUCGCAGAUAAUUUAAAUAUGGCUGUUCGUGCGCAGUUUGAGAAUUCAAAUGAGGACGAGUACCCCACCACGGGUGGCACAAUUGAUGUGACGAGUGGUGGAAGGAUGGGAUUGAACUGGCAAUAUGCGGAGGGAGAGAGAAUGGAUACCAAGCACGAAGAAUUUCGAACAUUGGAUAGAGUCGGUGUCUUCUCUACAUUGACAAACUCAUAUGCCUUGGUUGCUGUUGGCGCCAGUGAGAAUUUCUACAGUGUAUUCGAAGCAGAACUCCAAGAUGUUAUCCCAAUUUGCCAUGCCACAAUCGCAGGAACUCGUAUUAUUGGACGUCUGACUGCAGGUAACAAGAAGGGACUUUUGGUACCAACGAGCACAACAGAUCAGGAGUUGCAACAUUUGAGAAAUAGUUUACCGGACAGUGUUAAGAUACAGAGAAUAGAAGAGAGGCUUUCAGCCCUUGGAAAUGUCAUAGUAUCAAACGAUCAUGUCGCCCUUGUCCAUCCAGAUCUUGAGCGCGAAACCGAAGAAAUUAUUGCCGAUGUCCUCGGUGUUGAAGUUUUCCGUCAAACCAUUGCCGACAAUGUCCUUGUCGGAUCCUAUAUGGCACUUUCCAACCAAGGUGGUAUCGUCCAUCCAAAAACCAGCAUUCAAGAUCAAGAUGAAUUAUCUUCGUUAUUACAAGUUCCAUUGGUUGCAGGUAGUGUAAACAGAGGUAGCAGUGUAGUUGGUGCAGGUAUGGUCGUUAACGAUUGGAUGGCCGUUACUGGAUUGGAUACUACGGCUACGGAAUUGAGUGUGGUCGAGAGUGUAUUCAGGCUGGGCGAGGGACAAGGCCCAAGUGAUAUUGCGGGAAAGAACAAGGAUACCAUGGUAGAAAGUUUCUAUUAAAUUCUUUGGUGGGGGAUGUGUAUAUGAGGAAUCUCGGAGGAUUAAAGACUUCAGUCUUGUGGUUUCGUUUUUCUCGGUCAUUAUUUAAUAGAUGACGUGGGUCACUUGCUAGCAGGAGAAUAAGAUCUUUUGCUGCUGAGAUAUGAUUCAUAGGGUAAACUGGUCGUUUAAUGGUCAUGAAUGGAGAAUUUUCCCUCCCCAUGUCAAAGUUCUGGCCCCCAGAUUUACAUGAUCCUCAAGCUGUGAAAAUUGGACCUGAAACUCUAUUGAAGCGGCUAUAUUGAUAUAUGAUCUCAUUCUGAGCGCUCUGGGCCAUCUUCGUUCAGCAGACGAGAUGUUCAUUAGGAUAAAUCACUAGACCAAGUUUCCAGCCUGUUAAUCCAUAUAUGCACCAUUAAUAAAACGUUCGUCAGUAUAGCUCCAACGAAUGUGAACAUUCUCCAUAUAAAAA